ACUUUGUAUUCAUACGAUGGAAGUCCUCAAAACAAAACGCUUUUAACUUUCUCUUAUUCGACUGUAAGAUAAAAACAAACAGAAACUCCAGAAAAUAGUACUAGCAACAUGUCUAACGUGCAAGACAUUAUUUAUACUUAAAAAGUGAACGUAGUAGUUCAGGAGAAGUGAUGCUAUACCAGAAGCCAUUGGGCGCUUGCCUGAGGAUCUUGCCCAUAGUUGUCGUAGUGUUAUUGGGAGCUCAGGUCACGUGUUCUUUAACUGUUCUAGAUCAUUGCGGUGGUACAUUACAAGGGUUGAACGGUACGCUGCUAAGCAAUCCGAGAACGACAAACUACAUCCUUUGUAACUGGACCAUCGAUACAAGACCAAACACUUCCCAGCAUUUACAAGUCACGAUUGACAAAGUCUCUCUCGAUGGCUUGAUGCCGUUGUGCUCACGAGACGAAUUCCUUGAGGUUUUAAUUGGCUGUGGGUAUGAUUCUGUUGGGAGAUACUGCGGCAUCGAGGCCUUGCCAGCAUUCUUCUCUAGUGACGGUUGCAUGCGGGUGAUUUACAGCGGAAGAAAGACGUUUCGCGCAACCUACAGGCUUAGACCGAAAAGCAGAGCUGUAGAGUUCAUUGAAGAUGGCUGCGGUAUAUCGAUGUACGACAAGGCAAAACACGGUGUAAUCUUCUCGCCGCUGUGGCCUCUACCUUACCCCGAUGAUGUGGACUGUAUCUGGACCGUGUCGGUCCGUGAUGACCAAAACAUCAAGCUAAGCAUGUACGACUUUGACGUACAAGGCCACGUUCCAUGCACCAGCUUCGUUGAGAUACGAACUGGUUAUACCAAUUACGAGGGAGCUAAACCGAUACAUACACAGGAACAAUGUGGCCAGGAGAAGCCAUUCAGUGUUGUGACCGAGAAAUCAAAAUUAUACGUUGCCUUCAAAAGCACUAACAGCAGUGGUCAUAGGGGAUUCGUGGCGGGGUUUGUAGUGUUCGAGAACGAGACCCCAGAGCGGGAUACCCAAGUACUUGUUCUACUGGGGAUCGUGCUACUGGUCAUUCUUCUCGCCUUCAAGACGUUUGUUCUGCCAAAACUCAUCGCGUUUUGCAAGACCAAAAUGGCCGUCAAAGCAAUGCGAAGCGCGCCGAGUUCCUGGCGUCCAAGUAAACCGUCCUUCCGAAAGUUCAGGACCAUUCGGGCGGUCAGUGAUUGUCCGACAGAUGCGACCACACCCAAAGAGGCCCAGUAUCCCUCACUCGAUGCUGAUCUGGGGGGACACGAGGGUGACGCCAUGGAGCAAGGGGGGUCGACGAGUGAUUAUUUAAAUGACAGUCUAGUUCAAGAGAAAUGCAGUACUUCUCAAACGCCACGAUCACCGAAUAAACUUGUUCGUUUUAUGAUUGGUAGACAAAUUGUUCAACCCAUAUAAGUAGCCAUGUAACUACAACUGACAUUUGAGAAACAUGUUAUGGUGUUGUUUCUUGAUUGGUGGCUGAAGUCACGUGGCAUUGUAACCAUAGUAAUGUCGAGCUAGUGUGAACACCGUUGGGUGGUCUUCACAUGACCUGCCUAUCACAAUUACUCUUUAGGAGUCACGUGACGAUGUGAUGUAUCUAGGGCGUUAAUUGUGAUAGUGCACAUCAAAUUUGCAAAUUCAACUUGAAAAAACAUUCUCGCUUCCGCUAGUUAUCAAGCGAUGAUUUCUGCACUGUCAAUCCGCAUGAAUUUGUUUUCUAAAGAGCUAUUGUGUAUUUUGCUUGUAUAAAAUGAAAUAAAAAAACGAGUCAGUAUGGUA